CAUUGUGUGUACUACCACGAAAAAAAUAACAGGUUCAUCUGAAAAAGUAAUUCUUACGGUGAAAAAAAAAAGUUCAACUGAAGAGGUUUAUUUUACAUACAAGAAUGCUACAUUUACAGAAAUAAGUCCCAAGUUCGGACCUGUGGUUGGUGGAACGCAACUUACAAUAUAUGGAGAAAAUCUUGGAAUAGGAAAUCGCCAUGUUAAAGUUGCUUUAGGACCCAAUGCUCUAUCUCUUUCUGAUUGUCUUGAUGCAAAAGUGAAGCCAGAGACCAACCUUGAUGCUACAAGCAAUGCAAAUUUCACUAUUCAGUGCAGAAUUAAAGUUGUUCUGAACGAUACAGAAAGAAAGAGUCUUGCUACAGCAUAUAUUUCUAUAGAUGGAACUUUAGUUUUAGCUAAUGUGCCAGUAAAUUUUACAUUUCUGCCUAAUCCAGAAAUAGAACAAAUUUCACCAAAGAAAGGAACUGUCAGUGGUGGAACUGGAAUUACAAUUACUGGAAAAAACAUGAACAAUACUCACAUUGCAAAAGUAGAAGGAAAUUUUCAAGGUGAAAAAUUGAAGUCAACAUGUGAAAUUCAGUCUCCAACAAAGACUAUUUGUAGAGCGCCCAAAGCUACAAAGGCUGUGCAAGAUAUGGUUGAAGAGCUGAUAAAAUCCCCCAGGACAAAACGAUCUGACUGUAGUACAUGCAUAGAUAUUACAGUGUACCUUGAUGGCUUUGGAGCAAAUUUCACCUUAACAUACUAUCGAGAUCCAUCCAUACACCCGUUUGAAGAGAAAGAUAAGGUGCAUUUAUUUAGCGACGAAAAUAAAAAACUCACUAUACGUGUAAGUACUUUUGCUCUAAAUACCUUGUUAGAUUUUCUUGACAUGGUUGCCCAAACAAGAUAUAUUACCUUUCUUUACCUAUCUUGGUUGUGCAAUCUAGAUAGAUUGGAUAUGAAUUAAUUACAGAGCUAAACACUGUUUUAAAACUUGCCUUUUGGUUCAUUUUUAGCUCGACUAUUCAAAGAAUAGGUAGAGCUAUUGGACUCAAUCAUGCGUUGGCGUUGGCAUCCGCGUCGGCGUCAGCAUCCCGAUUUGGUUAAGUUUUUGUAUGUAAGCUGGUAUCUCAGUAACCACUUACUGGAAUGGAUUGAAACUUCACACACUUAUUCACUGUGAUAAACUGACUUACAUCGCACAGGUUCCAUAACUCUAUUUUGCUUUUUUACAAAAUUAUGCCCCUUUUUCAACUUAGAAAUUUUUGGUUAAGGUUUAUAUGUAAGCUCCGGUAUCUCAGUACCUACUAAAAGGAAUGGAUUGAAACAUCACGCACUUGUUCACUGUGAUGAUCUGACAUGCAUUGCAAAGGUUCCAUAACUCUACUUUGCAUUUGUCCGUCGUCAGUUCGUGCGUGUGUCUGUCAACAAUUUUUUGUCUGCACGAUAGUGGUUUUAUUUAUGAUUUUAUUUUAACCAAACUUGCACACAACUUAAAUCACCAUAAGAUCUCGGUUCCUUUCUUGAACUGGCCAGAUCCCAUUAUGGGUUCCAGAGUUAUGGCCCCUGAAAGGGCCAGAAUUAGCUAUUUUGACCUUUUCUACACAAUAGCAGCUUCCUUUUUGAUUUGAAUUUAAUCAAACUGGCACAAAACUUGUGUCACAAUAAGAUCUCGGUUCCUUUCUUGAACCGGCCAGAUCCCUUAAUGGGUUCCAGAGUUAUGGCCCCUGAAAGGGCCAAAAUUAGCUAUUUUGACCUUGUCUGCACAAUAGCAGCUUCAUUUAUGAUUUGAAUGUAAUCAAACUUGCACAAAACUUGUGUCACCAUAAGAUUUUGGUUCCUUUCUUGAACCGGCCAGAUCCCAUUAUGGGUUCCUGAGUUAUGGCCCCUGAAAGGGCCAAAAUUAGUUAUUUUGACCUUGUCUGCACAAUAGCAGCUUCAUUUAUGAUUUGAUUUUAACCAAACUUGCACACAACUUGUAUCACCAUAAGAUCUCGAUUCCUUUUUAUACGCCUGAACGGACGUAUUAUGUUAUCGCCUCGGUGUCCGUCUGUCUGUCUGUCUCUUGGUUAGCAAUUUCCCUUCCGCUCUGUUACUCUUGAACCCCUUGAAGGAUUUCAAAGAAACCUGACACAAAUGUUCACCGCAUUGACACGACGUGCAGAGCACAUGUUUCGGAUGGCUCACUUCAAGGUAAAGGUCACGCUUAGGGGUCAAAGGUCAUGACAGGGGUCAAAGGUCAUAUGACUUUGUUUUGUGUGUGUAUUGCUCUGCAUUUGCAUUGCAUUGCAGUGCUCUUGUUUUUAUAUGGCAGAUCUUUCUUUUGUUCACUUACAAUAAUUUUUUUUUAAUUACUUCCCUUUUACAUUACUAUAAAUAGCUUAUUUUUAGUAAAUUUUUUUAUUAUUGGCCGUAGGGAAAGACCGAGACCACUUUUCUGUGGUACAACAUGGAUGGUACCUCCAAUUUUUAGGUGUAUUUUGACAUAUCUGUACCUUGUAAGAAUUUUUGUUUCUUUUUGGUUAAAUUUCUUCCCUUUGUUGUUCCUGUCCUUUGGACUUAGAUAUUUUUUCUAAGAACCUUCUUGUCCUUAAGUGCAAUGAUAACAGGUGAGCAAUUUAGGGCCAUUUUGGCCCUCUUGUUUAAAAUAAAGCCUUGAAAUUUGGAUGACAUAUACAGUUUUGCAC